UUUGUAUUGUACAUUUUUUCUCUAGUGUGUUGUUGUUUGCAUUAUUUUAAUGUUGGUUGAAUCAUUAGCACAAAACAAUCAAUAUUUGCCCCCGGAUAAAGGUUAUGCUUAUGACAAACCAAACCAGCAGUUUCCCUCUUCACCUCAACCACAGCCUUCUCCUGGACGUCCAGCACCCUCUUAUGGUCCACCUUCUCAGGAUAACCAUCAUCAUGAACCUGGAAUGCCUUUCGAUUUCCAAUAUAAAGUGAAUGACAUUGAAACUCAAAAUGAUUAUUCUCAUAAAGCAGUGAGUGAUGGAGAUGUGACUCGUGGCGAGUAUCGAGUUCAACUUCCGGAUGGACGCACACAAAUUGUGCGCUAUACUGCUGACUGGAAGAAUGGUUACAAUGCAGAAGUAUCAUACGAAGGCGAAGCGAAAUAUCCAGAAGGACUUGGCCAAGGUGGUGCUAAUGCAGGAGGAUAUAAGUACUAAAAAUUGAAACUCUGUUCGUUCAUCGCUCAUCUCUCAUAGAUCGACAUAAUUGUCCAUACUCGCAUUCGAUAAGACUACGAUUUAUUUGACAAACAUGUACCAUCAAAAUAAGCUCCAGCAAUAAAUACAAUGAAGUCAUAAUUAAAAUAAGAUAAUUAAUAUAUGGGUCGAAUAAAGUCCGCAUUAAGCACUGCAACUAGCUACCAUCGAUAAACAUCGGUGUUUUGUUCAUUAUUGGUUGAAUGUUUGUUAUGUACAGAGACCUCUAGAUUAGUAAGAUAUUGAUUGUUCAAGUCGUUAUAAAAUAAUGAUUGUUAUUGAUGAUAAUGGGGAGAAACAUAGAAUGCCAGCGCAAGUGUCAAGUGGUCUUUCCCGAAAUCAACGUGCGAUUAGAAAUAGUGGAUUUUUUAACCACUUCUGUUACGAACUCUUUACCGUACCACUGUUACGUACUGCUAUACAUGAAUUCAUUGAAAUAAAGGGAAGUAAAAAAA